AAAUGAUGUCUUCAGUGCUGACUGCAUGCUGCCGCGAGCUCAUGCGCCAUCCGGUCUGCUCUCAUCUAUUUCGAUAAAGUUUAGUCUCCUAAUGUUCCUCUGCUUAUUAUUUACCAUCCUGUGUUUCAUGAGAAUAAUGGCGUCGACAUACAAGUUGCCGGUGAAUUUUGUGAUCACCAUCUUCAGACAGUUACAGCCAUCUUCAACAGUCCUAUGACCUAAGCAGAACAUCAACGUCUAAAAGCAUCAACCUUUUUCAUGGAGAGAAGGGAACAUUAUGAUUCUAUCAUGGACCGAAGCAAGCGCAUCACGUGGCAGGCCGACUGCUACGUGGAUCUGCAGUCCACAUCCUGCUCUGCUACCGCACAAGCACAAGCAGAAGAUCUGAGUUGGAUCCAAAAACACCAAAACCAGUUACAAAGCUUCAUUACGCCUUGCUUCCUGGAGGAGAUGUUAACCCACCUGAGAGAGGUGGAUGUGCUCACUUCAUCUGAGGAGACGAACAUCAAGGAAGCAGGCCACUUAGGGGACCAGAUUAACACGCUCACCGCUAUUGUCGGUGCCAAAGAAAGUCAAGGCUCUGAUGCCCUGCAGGGAUUUAUAGAGAGCUCCAAUUCUCUGGUUGCCCAGCUCAUCAUAAACCAUGAUAACGUAGUAAAGAAGCACAAGGAGGUGCUGUUGCGGCGAUGUGAACAGUACCGAGACAGGGACUCGGUGAGCUGCCCCAAACUAAACAUCUCCUCAAGAACCCUAAUGAUGGUUGAUGGACUCUCUGACCUCCAGCAAAAGGAACACGACCUGAUGCAGGUGGGAGUGACUCGAGGGGGACAGAGAAAUCACCUCAGACAGCUGGGGUUGGCCAAGCUGUUCGAACCCCUGACGCGGGUCAGUUUACCUCCCAGAGUUUCCCUCACAGUUGGGGUGGCGGGUAUCGGCAAGACGACCUGGGUCUUCCUGAACCAUCACUUUUCUGAGAGGGAUUUUGGCACCAUGAUAUGGUCCCACUUGGAGUCCAAUAAGAUCUUAAUGGUGAUGUGCUAUAUACCGAGCAUCUGCUGGAUGGUGGCCGAUACCUUGUUGUACAGCAUGCAAAGUGGAAGUCAGGAUAACCUUCCCAGGACCUGCACCGAGCUUUUUGCCCAUUUUUGCUCUAUGAAAGCAGAAGUAGGCGAACCGAGAGGCAGGGAACCUCUAAAAGCUGAGCAGCUUCAUGGGAGCAAUCGUAAACUGAUGGGGAACCUUGGACGACUUGCAUUCUAUGGGCUCAUCAAGCACAAGUACACAUUCAGUGAACAGGAUCUCAGGGCCUAUGGGAUAGAUCUGUUGUUAACCCAAAGCAGUCUGGGCUCUGGAGUUCUUAUUCGGGGAGAGUCUGCCAUCCACACAACUUACAGAUUCACACAUUUGAUCCUACAGGAGUUCCUUGCCGCUACAUUCUACCAUGUUUCCUCAAAGCGGGCCAUCUUUGACUUGUUCUCAGAGAGUACCAUGUCAUGGCCAAAGAUUGGGUUCCAAAAUCACUUCAGAAGUGCCUUUCAGCACUCGCAACAAGCUGAAGAUGGUCACUUGGAUGUGUUUGUUCGCUUCCUGACGGGCCUGCUGUGCCCAACGGCGCUAAAACCUCUGGCUGGGCUCCUGGCUAUUGGGAAAGACGAUGGCAGUCAGAAGACAUGGGCGGCUGGGUUUUUGCAAGAUCUUUUGGCCAGCGGAGGUGCCGUGGUAUCCCUGCGUUCAGUCAACCUGGCUUAUUGUUUACAGGAAUUGCAAAAUUCCGAGCUGCUGCGGAGUGUAGAAGAAGACCUGCGGCACGGCAGCUUGGCGGGAAAACUGACGCGGAGUCACUGUGUGGUGCUAGGUUUCCUGCUCCAUGUCUCCCCAGUGUGCAGCGAGCAGACCAACCUAACAGGCUCUCUGAACUGCACAACAGUUAAAAGCCUGCUCCCACAGCUGCUGUACUGUAGUCACCUCAGGUUGGAGAAUAAUCACUUCAAAGACGAUGUCAUGGAGCUGCUAGGAAGCCUCCUGAGUGCUAAAGACUGCCACAUCCAGAAAAUGAGUUUGGCAGACAAUGCAAUCAGCAGCAAAGGUGCCAAAGCUCUGAGCCGAGCCCUCUUGGUGAAUCGCACGCUAACGUCUCUCAACCUACGGAGCAACAACAUCGGUUCGAAAGGCGCAAAGUUUCUUGCGGAGGCUCUCAAAAUGAAUCAAGCCCUGAUGUCAAUAAACUUCCAGAGUAACGUCAUCGAGGAGGAAGGUGCUCAGGCCAUUGCAGAGGUACUGCAGUCCAACCGCAAACUGGUAUCUCUCAAUUUACGGAAAAAUGCCAUUGGAGCACGUGGAGCACAAAGGAUUGCAGAUUCACUGAAGAAAAAUCAGACUCUUACAAAGUUGAUUCUUUGUAGUAACCAGCUCGGGGACAAAGGAACAAUCGCCCUGGCUGGAGCUUUGACUCUCAACCACACUCUGCUCUCACUCCAACUUCAGAGUAACUCCAUCAGCAACAGGGGAAUGACAGCCCUGACCAAAGCCCUCAGGCUCAACAGGGGCCUCGUCUCCUUGAACCUGAGGGAGAACUCGAUUGGGGUGGAGGGAGCGAAGAACAUGGCCCAAGCCCUCAAGGAGAACAACUCCCUGCAAGACCUAGAUCUCACAGCCAACCUGUUGCAUGAUGAAGGGGUUCAAGCAAUAGCCAACGCAAUCAAGUUUAAUCAAGGCCUGACCUCUUUGCAUCUUCAGUGGAAUUUUAUCAAGUCCACAGCUACUAAAGCUCUGGCCCAUGCACUCCUCUCCAACGCCACCAUGCAGCUCCUGGAUCUGCAGGAGAAUGCAAUCGGGAACGAAGGUGUCGUGUUUCUGGCUGAAGCUUUGAAAAGCAACACGUCGCUUCGUACCUUAUGUCUGCAGGGAGUGUCAGCAAGUACGAGUGGAGCCGUCGCAAUGGCAGAAGCUCUGAUGACCAACGAAACUCUACAAACAUUAGAUCUACGAGGCAACACUAUUGGGAUGGAGGGGGCCAAAGCGCUGGCUAACUCCCUGAAAUGCAACAGAAGCCUCAAGUCUCUGAAUCUGCAGGAGAACUCUCUGGGCAUGGAUGGAGCCAUAUUCAUUGCAACAGCUUUAAAGGGAAACCACCAACUAACAUACAUCAAUUUGCAGGGAAAUGGCAUUGGAGAAUCUGGAGCAAAAGUUAUAUCUGAUGCGAUAAGAGCCAGUGCUUCUGGCUGUGUCGUGGACAUCUAACCAAGAAAAAAGGAACUUCUUCUUAGAAUUCAACAUAAAAAAUAGUUGUUAUCCCAUGCAAAUAUUGUAAGUUAGUCAAUCUAUAGCCAUAUAAUGUUGUUCAUGCUAACCUUCCUUUCAUGCUGUUUUCUGUAAAUUUAGAUUGACUGUAAUAUUUAUUAUUAAAAUAAACCGUCCCAUUUGUUGAGUACAAGACGAAGCACAAAUUGAAUUGAGAAAACUGUUUUUGAUACACCAUAUUCCUUAUGUCUAUAGCUGUAAUGUAUACUAAGUUCUAAAGAAAUAAGAUGAACCACUGUAUAUUCUCCUUUAUUUUCUCUUUUAAUAAGAUGUCAUUAUAUAUUUUUUUGCUCUGUUUGCACAUUUGAAACUGG